GUUUGGGGGACCUCUGAGGAAACACGCACAGGAGCUCGGAGGUUCGCUGUGUGGGGAAAAUGAGACUGCAUUGUGGAUAAAUGGCGAAGUUUAAGAUGAAAGUCGGCCAUAUUUGGCUGUUUUUGUUUUUGUUUUUGCGCUCACCAAGUGUUUUGGGUUUCAGUGAGUUAUCUUUCAUCACUGAGCCCAGUGAUGUGACUGUUCUACCAAAGGACCCUGCUGUCUUGGACUGUCAAGCUCAUGGGCAGCCUCCGGUCAUCAUCAAAUGGCUGAAAAACGGCGUUCGUUUAGCCGAAAGUGAGCACAUCCAGUUUUUACCCAAUGGGUCAUUGUAUAUACCAAAGAUAAAGCAUACCAAGGAGGAGUCGGAUGAAGGAUUCUACCAGUGCCUCUCAAAGAACAAAUUUGGAGCUAUCCUCAGCCAAAGAUCACGCCUGACUAUCGCAAGUAUUUCAGAGUUUGUGUUGCACCCAUUGCCUACGGAGGUGACGGAGGGCUCCGUGGCCCGAUUCUCAUGUGCAGUCACCUCCAGACCUCCCGCCACAGUCACCUGGGAGUUCAACCAAAGCACAUUACCUCUUCAGACUGACAGAAUCACAGUUUUGCCCAAUGGAGUCCUUCAGAUCCACAGUGUACAACUGAAGGAUGCUGGCCAGUAUCGAUGUGUCGCAACGAACAUUGGCAGCCGACUGAAGAGUCGCGAGGCAACGCUGAGAGUCGUUCAAAGUGUGGGUGCUGAAACCCAUAGGAGACCCAGAAUCAUAGCUGGACCUCAGAACAUGACAGUUUCACUCCAUCAAACUGUAGUGCUAGAGUGCUUAGCAACUGGAAACCCCUGGCCCAUCAUCUCCUGGAGCCGUGCUGAUAGUAAACCAAUUGAUGUAUAUAAAGCCAAAGUGCUGGGAAAUGGGAACUUGGUUAUUACAGAUGUCAAAUCCAAGCACAGUGGAGUCUACCUCUGCAGGGCCACCACCCCUGGAACCCGCAACUACACUAUAGCUGCUGCCAACCUGACAGUUCAAGUGCCGCCAUCUAUUAUUGAGAGGCCUGAGAGUCAGACCCGUCCCAGGGCUGGUACUGCUCGCUUCAUGUGCCAAGCGGAAGGAGUACCUACACCUCGCAUCCGCUGGCUAAAGAAUGGUGAAGAGGUUCACUUAAAUGGCCGCAUUAAGAUGUACAACAGUAAAUUGGUCAUCACUCAGAUCAUCCCUGAAGAUGACGCUAUCUAUCAGUGCAUGGCAGAGAGUGAACAGGGCUCAGUGCUGUCCUUAGCUCGCCUCAUUGUUGUGAUGUCAGAAGACAGGCCCAGUGCUCCGAGGAACAUCCAUGCUGAGACCAUCUCAAGCUCGGCCAUCUUACUAGCAUGGGAGAGGCCACUAUUCAAUGCAGAAAGAGUCAUAGCCUACUCCAUCCAUUACAUGAAGGCUGAAGGUCUAAACAAUGAGGAAUACCAAGUUGUUAUUGGCAACGACACAACCAGUUACAUUAUCGAUGAUCUGGAGCCGGCUCGAAAUUACACCUUCUACAUUGUGGCUUACAUGCCGAUGGGAGCCAGUCGUAUGUCCGAUCAAGUCAGUCAACACACACUGGAGGAUGUGCCUCUGCGUACACCGGAGCUACAUUUGAUAAGCCACAACUCAACAGACAUCCGGGUGAGCUGGCAGCAGCUUCCCUCCAAGUUGAGCCGCGGGCGGGUGUCAGCAUACAGGCUGUCCUAUCGAACAGCCGCAGACAGCGCAGUGAUAUCAGUGGAGCUACCGCAGAACAGCACUGAGUACCUGUUGGAGGGUCUCCAGCCCGACACCAUCUACCUGUUCCGUAUGGCUGCAGCCACCCGUGUGGGCUGGUGUGAGCCUUCAGCGUGGACAUCCCACCGUACACCUAAGACCUCCAGCCACAAAGUUCCCUCAGCCCCAAUUUGUCAACUUGAGCCGCUUAACUGCACUUCCAUUGUGGCACACUGGCAAACCGCCCCAGAGUCUGAGGCUGUCUUUGGCUACCGCUUGCGUUACCAUGAGGAAAACCAACCCGAGCAGCCCGUCAUCCAGCUGCAGGCUCAGACUUACACCUACACCAUCAGUGGUCUUGAUCCGAGGAGGAGAUAUCGUGUCAAGAUCCUAGCCUUCAGUCAGCUAGGAGAUGGCUAUGAGACGGACCAAGCCAUCAGUACUCCUGGAUGUGUGUCUGCUAGGGACCAAAUGGCAGCAACCCCUCCACCUCCGGAUCAUGUGACUGUUUCGGCCAACAGUUCCUCUGAAGUGUCCUUACGUUGGAAACACCCCACGUUCACGUCUGGGAAGGCUGUCAGCUACACUGUCCGCUACACGAUUGUUGGAACACACAAUGCUUCGGCUUUACGCUACUUGCAAACUACCAAAGAAAAUGUGACGGUGCAAAAUUUAGAUCCAAAUACUCGCUACGAGUUUGUGGUGCGUCUCCAUGUGGAUCAGAUGUCAAGUCCUUGGAGCCCUGCGGUUUAUCAUCACACACUACCAGCAGCACCCAGACGGCCGCCCACAGGACUGAGAGUAACUCUGAUUGAAGAAGACACAGCCUUGGUGUCCUGGAAGGAGCCCACUGAGUCCAAUGUGGUGGUUACGCACUACACCAUACUUUAUGCUUCCCAGACGUCUUGGAUGGCUGGACGCUGGCAAAUAAUUCAAAGAGAGGGAAGUCAUACAAUGGCUCUUCUGGAGAAGCUGGAACCAGGAAAUGUCUACAUGGUGAAGAUCUCUGCCUCCAACCAAGUGGGUGAUGGCCCUUUCUCAGACGUCGUUGAGCUGGCUAUGAAGCGAGGAAAUGCCCAACACAGCAAGAAGGCCUGGCACUCGCAUAGUUUUCAGCACACAGUUGUCUUCUCUGAUGGUCUGUACCACAUUGACCAAAGAUCCAUGACCGGGAUCAUUGUUGGAGUGAGCAUUGCCUUGGCCUGUAUUGUAAUGUGUGCCUUAAUCCUCAUCAGUAAAGGCAGACCAAGAAAAUCCUCCAGCAACAAAGCCAUUCCCGAGACUCCUGGUCAAGGUUUGUCUUUGCAUCACGAGUGCCAUGUUGAGAACGCCGAUGCCCUCAUCCCCAUGAUGAGUACUCGCUUCAUAGACGCCAAGAAUUCUAAUAUUGUGAUAAACGGUGCGGGGCCUCCAAUGAGCAAGAGGUGGCUACUCUGCAAUAAAGACAUCAGCACUCCUAUUGAGAAUAAUGUUGAAGGGAGAGUCAGCUUAUAUGAGGCUGGCAAAACUAUUCUGAGGUAUGAGGAGCAUCUAAGGUCUGCACCAUCGUCCCAGGAGACCAACUUUGGACCCUUCCACGCAGAGAGCUCUCAAGGCAGCGAUGGUAGCCAAGAAACAGGAGACUCCGGGCACUACUCCAAUGAGGAGAGCAACGAAGAGAUGAGCAAUCCAUCUACCAACCAAAGCUCCAGACCUGAAUCUUUCGGACCGUGUGAUGACGCCUCCACGGUCGAGAUGAAGCCGUCUUUUCAAGUGGAAAACGAGCAAAUAUGUCUUUCACUCCAACUUUCAGCGUCUGACACUGCCCGGUCGUGCCGCACCUCUGAUGGUAGCUAGCACUCGACUCAGGAUUGACCAGUUCUACCCCCUUUUGGUUAUUUCCUGCGGCACAAGGAGACAUGAAGUCAGCUGCUGUGAAGGAGGAAAUGAGCUUUAUCUUCAGAUCUACCUCAGGAUUUUGUAUGAAUGUCGAUUACAGCAUUUUAUUUCCUUUUUUUUUCUACCUGUUGGUCUUUGUGGCAUCAUCUGUCCUAAACCAAAGCUCACCCAUGAUGAAUGUUUUAAAUACUGUGAUACAUGUUUGUUGAAUUUAAUAGUUUUUUCUUUUCCACUGGACCUUAGCGGGUGUUUGAUUGUCUACCUCAUUUGUUCUUUCUAAAUAACUACCUCCCUCCCAAUACUUUGUGUGAAAUCACAUCGUUGCCGCUUCUUGUUGCUUCUGUUGGGGUAGUUUUAAUUUUUGCAUUUUGUUCCCAUUGCUUUUUUUUUUUUAAAUAUGUGUCAAAAACCAAGUGCAUUAGAUACUGUCAAACUUUGUUUGAGAUGUAGGACAUUUUUAGUGCACUGAAUUCAAAGCUUUAACAUGGCCUUAAAUACUGAAAGGGCUUUGCAUAUACGCUGUCCAAAGACAUGAAUAUUUCUACCCAAAGAGUUUUUGAUAUUAAGCAACCAAAAAUGUAAUGGAUGUACAUGACAAGGGCACACUGUUCUGUGCCAUUGAUGUGCAUUUUUUCUCUGAAUGGUGGUUACAGUGCUUUUAGUCAGUGUGAACUUUAUUGGCGAUUUUGUCUGGUGAAAGCUUUAGCUCAAGUCUCGGUGGCUUGGGUUCUGUUUGCCUUCUAGACCAUUGCUCAGCGCAGCGGUGACGCCGAUGCUAUUAUCCAAAGAGUUGUCUGCUUCCUCAAAAAUGGGUGUGGCUUUUCAUUUAGUUGAUCCUUGGCAUAUUGAGGGGGACACUAUUGAUCUACUGUGUCCUGUCAGUGAUAAAUGAUGUGGUUUAUUCUUGGUGCACACAUCAUCUAAUCACUGCUCCCCCAAUGUUUUUGUUCUCUAUGCCGCUGUGAUAUUUGUUGUCCAGGUGUGACAAUAAGGAUUCUGACUAUCAAAAUGGAAGCCCAAUGUGUGAAGAGCAACAUAAUCAAUUUUUAUAUCUUUGUAAUAGAAAUGAUCUCAACCAAAGAAGCUUUAUGUCUCUAAUUUAGUCAUUUUCUUUGGGUUCAUUGAAACAAUUUGCAUUGUGAUUUCCGUAGAAAUACAUUUUACAUUCAUCUUUUUUUGAAAGCUUGAGAUGUGAAAGCUGAUCUGCUGUCUUGAGAUAUCACCUUCAUGAGAAUUUCAUAAUUUAGUAUGUGGUAAUUACAUGUCACAGUUUCUGUGUGACAUUUAUUUUAAGUUAAUAUUGCUGCUGUCAUGCUCAGAGUUUGUUAUAAAUUACAAAUGAUGACGUGAAUGCUACAGAACAUUUUGCUAACUUUGCUUAGGUGCCAAAUGUAGAUUUAUAGUAUGUAGUCUUGACUGUCUUAAUUUAAAUUGUUUUUUUUUGUCAUGCUCUUGAAUACCAAAAUGCAUAUUUUAAUCCAAAGUGUGCAACAAAACAAAGA